GUCUUAUAUUUUGAAACUACGGAAUUUCUGCUCGAUCGCUCUUCGUCCUCCGUCUUGGCUUCCUCGUCAAGUGAGAAACGGAGAGUGGUAGCGAGCGAAGCAAAGAUGAUGCGGUUGUUCAACGGCAAGGCCGCCUCCUCCCCUCUGGCAUCGUCGUCGAAGGAGAAGGGGGAGAAGGAGAAGGGAGCGUCCAGUUCAGACUCCAACCCUAAAUCGAGUCGUUCCGCCGCUGUGCCGCUUGGCCCCGCCCGGCCCCUCCGACUUGUGUACUGCGAUGACCAGGGGAAGUUCCAGAUGGACCCUGAGGCCAUUGCGGCCCUCCACAUGGUCAAGGGACCUAUCGGCGUUGUUUCCGUCUGCGGCCGCUCCCGCCAGGGAAAGAGCUUCAUCCUCAAUCAGCUUUUGGGAAGGAGCAGCGGGUUUCAAGUAGCUUCCACCCAUCGACCUUGCACUAAGGGGCUGUGGAUGUGGAGUGCACCAUUAAAGCGAACUGCUCUUGAUGGGAGCGAAUACAACCUUCUGCUACUGGAUACUGAAGGAAUUGAUGCAUAUGAUCAAUCGGGAACAUAUAGUACGAAGAUAUUUUCUUUAGCUGUUUUGUUGUCAAGCAUGUUUAUCUACAACCAGAUGGGUGGUAUUGAUGAAGCUGCACUUGAUCGCCUAUCGCUUGUCACUGAAAUGACCAAACACAUUAGAGUCAAAGCCUCUGGUGGAAGGUCCACUGUGUCUGAGCUUGGACAAUUUUCUCCAGUAUUUGUGUGGUUGUUGAGGGACUUUUAUUUAGAUUUAGUAGAGGAUAACCGAAAGAUCACCCCACGUGACUACCUAGAAAUAGCUCUGAGGCCUAUGCAAGAUGGUGGUAGAGAUUUAUUGUCUAGAAAUGAGAUUCGAGAAUCAAUUCGUUCACUAUUCCCAGAUAGGGAAUGUUUUACACUUGUGCGGCCACUGAACAAUGAAAACGAUUUGCGACGUCUUGAUCAGAUCCCUUUAGAUAGAUUAAGACCAGAAUUUAGAUCUGGCUUGGAUGCAUUGAUCAAAUUCAUUUUUGACCGAACAAGAUCUAAACAAGUUGGGUCAACUGUAAUGACAGGCCCCAUUCUUGCUGGUCUAACUCAGUCAUUCUUGGAAGCCAUCAACAGUGGUGCUGUUCCAACAAUAUCUUCUUCAUGGCAGAGUGUUGAAGAAGCAGAAUGCCAUAAAGCAUAUGAUCACGCUGCUGAGACUUACAUGGCCACUUUUGAUCGCUCAAAACCACCAGAUGAGGCCAUACUAAGAGAAGCACAUCAAGUUGCUGUUGACAAAGCUCUUGAUGUAUUCAGCUCCUGUGCUGUUGGCAAUGGAUUAGCUCGUCAAAACUAUGAGAAACGACUCCACACUUUCUUCAGGGAAGCUUUUAAGGACUACAAAAGAACCGCUCUUUUAGAGGCUGAUAUACAAUGCUCUAAAAUAGUCCAAAGCAUGGAAGCAAAGUUACGAGCAGCGUGCCAUGCUCCUGAUGCAAAACUUGAUAGCGUGAUUCAGCUCUUGAACAGUUUGAUUGGCAGUUUUGAGUCAUCUGCUCAGGGUCCCGACAAAUGGAAAAAAUUGGUUUCCUUCCUUCAACAAAGUUUGGAUGGUCCAAUUCUCGACAUUUUCAGAAGACAAUUAAAUCAAGUCGAAGUGGAAAGAAAUUCACUCAAGUCUAAAUGUAGCUUGAGUGAAGACAAGUUAAAUUUGCUUAACAAGCAACUGGAGGCAAAUGAAAAACAUAGAUCUGAAUAUUUAAAACGCUAUGAAGAAGCUGUCAGGGACAAGGAAAAAAUUUCAAAUGAUUACACUGGCCGUAUUGCUGAUUUACAGAGCAAAUAUAGCAAGUUAGAGGAGCGACACUCAAAUUUACUGAAUGACCUCGAACUUUCAAAAAGGGAGUACUCUAGUUUGAGAAGUAAAUAUGACCAGAUAAAUGCAGAUAGAAAAGCUGAGGAGGAAAAGCUUAAAGCUAAGGUUUCAGCUUUGGAAGCUAGGAUAGGUGCUGCUGAAGGAAGAUUAGCUGCUGCCCGUGAACAGGCAGCAUCUGCUCAGGAAGAGGCAUUAGAGUGGAAGCGGAAAUAUGAUGUAGCCAUUGCAGAUGCCAAGGCUUCCUUGGAGAGGGCAGCAGUAGCACAAGAACGCACUAAUAAGAAGGCGCAAUCCAGGGAAGACACACUAAGAGCAGAAUUUGCUGAACAACUAGCAGCCAAGGAUGAAGAAGUCAAAAUCUUGACUGGAAAAGUUGAACAUUUUGAGAAGCGGGCUAAUGAUUUGAAUGUGAGGAUGGAGGUUUUGGAUGAAGAACGUAGAAGCCGUGAAUCAGAAUCUUUGAUUUUGAAAGAUGAAAUAAGACAAUUAAUUGAAAGCUUAGAAUCUGUUAAAACAGUGGCCCAGUCGCAUGAGAGACAGGUGAAAAUUCUAGAACAAGAAAAAGAUCAUCUUCAGGAGAAAUAUCUUUCCGAAUGCAAGAAAUUUGAUGAAGCAGAUAAGAGGUACAAGGAUGCUGAAAGGGAGGCAAAGAGGGCAACUGAAUUGGCCGAUACUGCUCGAGCAGAAAUCGUAGCAGCCCAAAAAGAAAAGGGCGAAGCUCAGAGAUUAGCAAUGGAGAGAUUGACAAUAAUUGAGAAGGCAGAGAGGCAGGUUGAAAACUUGGAAAGAGAGAGAAAUAGACUGGUUAAUGAAAUUGAGGAGGUUAGGCAAUUGGAAAUUGAUGCUGUCUCAAAGGUUGCAUCACUUGAGCAAAGAGUUGAAGAGCGUGAAAAGGAAAUAGAGGAAAUGCUGAGUGAGAACAAUGAGCAGAGAUCCAGCACUGUGCAAGUUCUUGAGAGUCUUCUGGCAACUGAACGAGCCGCUCGUGCUGAGGCCAACAACAGAGCGGAGACUUUAUCCUUGCAGCUACAAGCUACUCAAGGGAAACUAGAUGCCAUGCAGCAAGAGUUGACAUCUGUUCGGCUAAAUGAAACUGCACUAGACAGCAAGUUGAAGAGUGUACGAGGGAAGCGACUAAGAGUGGACGAUAACAUUGGCACAGAGUCAGUGCACGAUAUGGACAUCGAUGAUGUUGCAAAGAGUAGAAAGCGAACCAAAAGUAGCACAAGCCCACUCUACUAUGCUCACACAGAAGAUGGUGGUUCAAUCUUUAGAGGGCAGGAGGAUCAUAAUCAGAGUCAGGGAAAUCAAGAGUCUGAGAUUGAAGAGGAUUAUAAAAGGUUAACCGUCAUAAGGCUCAAGCAAGAGCUCACAACGAAGGGAUUUGGUGCACAACUGUUGGAGCUGAGAAAUCCCAACAAGAAGGAUAUUAUUGCACUUUAUGAGAAGCACGUCCUCAAUAAGUAGCUGCCUGUUCAUUAACCCACCAACAUUAAGCCUUGUGUGUUAACCUCGUACUUACGCGAGUUUUGAACAAUUAGUUUUUUAGAAAUGCUGACGAUGUAUACAGUUAAUAUUUUGAGGGAGAUGUUUGCCUCUGCUUUUCGCUUUCCUUUGUAUGCUUAUGUAAAUUUAUACUCCUGACUACUUGUGCGUUAGAUUGAUCCAUGUCAUACUCAUACUUGCUUUUCUUUCAAAUGUGCAUCAAUUCAAGUGUGCC